AUGGCAGAAGGACAGUUGUCGUAUAAGAAGCCAUCGCUCCAAACUGGGGCUAAUGGCCUGCGAUCACAAGUUUCUUCUCCUCAACUAAAUACUAAUAACUCCAACAAUUCCGUACCGGGCUCUCCAUCAACACCUACGGUGGGGACCAGAAAGAUUCUGUCGAGAAGAAAGGCACUUCAGGAAUUCUAUAAUAUUCAAGAAAAGGAAGAUGUCAACGGAUCAGAAAAUACUCCAACCAAAAGCAGUGGCCAUGACCAAAUCAAUCUCCAGGAUCCAGCGGAAUUGGCCAGCUUUGUGAAAAACGCUUCAAUCGAAGAAAUUCUCAAGCUCAGAAACUCAGUAUCGUCCAAAUUGAACACUCACGAUCUGGAAAAAAAGUCCAUUAUCUAUGAUAACUACUAUGAAUUGAUCAAAUUAAGUCAGACCUUGGAAAGUAUAUCCAAUGCUAGACCACAGUUCCUGAACUCUACUACACUCAACGGUUUGGGAAUCUACGAAGAAAACGGUCAAAAUACUUCUGAAGCCAAAGAUAGCGAUUAUCUUGAAUCAACCCUUCUGGAGUUGUCUUCGUUUAUCACUCUGGAACUGAGCAAGUUCAAUGAUAACUUCGAGACGAUAGUUCAGAAACUACAGGAAAACAACACAAAUGAUUUUGAUUCAGCGGCGAGCAUUAUAUCGAUUGUAGACGAUAACAACAAGUUUUCUGCUGUUGAUAGAAAGUCAUUAUCAGUAGAGGUGAACCAGCUUUUAAACAAAAAGCUUCUUGAACAAUUGCCUGAAGACCAAAAAGGUCAGGUUAUAACCGAGAUUGAAACCAUUCUCCAAUCGCUAGAUGUCCACAAGGACGAACUACUCAUUCUACAACUCAAUGAUAUUAAGAAGUCGUUGAUUUCAUAA